AUGGCAUCUAACGGCGCCUCUACGCCCUCGAGCGUCACCCCCAAGCGGACCAAGAUCUGCGUCUACUGCGGCUCGUCAGCAGGAAACAAGCCGGAGCAUGUAGAAGCUGCUCGGGCGCUAGCCCAGGUUAUGGCCGCCAACAACAUGGCACUCGUCUACGGCGGCGGCACAGUCGGCCUAAUGGGCGAAGUAGCCAAGACACUCGUUUCCCUUUCCGGGCCGGACUCGGUGCACGGCAUCAUCCCGGAGGCGCUGGUGCGGUACGAGCGGGACCCGACGUACACGUCGAAGCAGCUGGACGGGGCGUCGGGCACGCACAUGGCGGUACCCGAGGAGGCCGUCUUUGGGCGCACGACCAUCGUCAAGGACAUGCACACGCGCAAGCGGCUGAUGGCGCAGGAGGUGAUCGACGCCGGGCCCGGGAGCGGCUUCAUCGCGCUCAGCGGCGGCUACGGCACCCUCGAGGAGCUGUUCGAGACGGCGACCUGGAACCAGCUGGGGAUUCACAACAAGGGGAUUUGCGUGCUCAACAUUAAUGGGUUUUACGAUGGGAUUUUGACUUGGAUUAACAAGAGUGUGGAGGAGGGGUUUAUCCACGGGGAGAACAAGCGCAUCUUGGCCGAGGCGAAGACCGCUGAGGAUGCUAUCACGGCCUUGAGGGAAUACAAGGUCUCGGAGGCGGUAUACAAACUUUCAUGGGGCAACCAGUAG